AUGAAACCGUACGCGCGGAACGAAAACUACGCGUUCCUUUCCGGGUGCACGAUCACGACGACGACGACAAAGACCGAUGCUUCAUCGUCUUCAUCCGCGCAUUCACGAGGAAGAAAAAUCAUCGAUUUUUUUCCAAUCAACGACACGUUUUUGCACGUCAGCGAACAAGUCGCGGUGGUGUCGAUUGUCUCCGCGGUGUUCGUUUUAGUGGACGUCGGGAGAGUGAGAGCGAAAGAGGUUUUACUUUGGAGCGUUUUGAGCGCGAUGGUUGGGAUGGUUUGCACGAGAGUCGAUGAUGCGGACGAAGCUGAGGAGGACGAGAAGAAGAAGACAAAGAAGAAGUCAAAAACGAAGAAGAUGUUACGGAGCAGCGAAAAGCAUCGUCGAGAUCAUUUCGUGACCGCGCUGAAACGCCGAAUUCGGCUCGGCGUCGGUGUGACACUCGCCGUGGCGAUAUCCUCUCCGCUCUUUCUAACGAUGACGGCGUCGGUGUCCGACGACACCGCGGUGGCGGUUUCUGGAAUCCUCGCGUUUGUCCAUCUCGCGACGCACGAUUAUCGCGCCGAGAGCACGAGUUUAGGCAACGCCUUGGAAGGAGUGAGUCUGGUGUCGGCGAUUUUCAGCGCGAGUUUAAUGGCGAGCCGGUUGAAGACGGUUUUGGACGCGUUCGCGUGCGCGUUGUUGGCGGUUGGCGCGUUUACGAUGUCCAUGCCGUUGCGGAGGCAGUGGCGAACGAGGGAAAAAAGCACGUCGUCUUUCGCGACGACGGUUUCGGCGCACGGUAUCGCCGCGUGGAUGCUUGAAAUGAUCGACUCUAAGUUAAUGAUCGCAUAUGUUAUUACAAUUGGACUCUUUUUAACGCUCGCGCCGCUUUCGUUCGCGUUCGCGCGACGGACGUUAAAGAUGAAAAUCGAAGGUCCGUGGGCGGAAGCGAAACCGGAGUUGGACCUCAUGCGAUCCUCGGUACGACGCGCCGGGGUGCCAAUUUUUAGACACAUUUUAGCCAACGCGCCGUCCAGAGGGAGAGAGGGGCGAUAG